CUACGAGCAGGAGCCCGGAAAGUGUAGUCGGUAUCGGUCGGUAUCACGAGGAUCACGAGCAUCACGAGGUAGCAACUCAAUGCUAUUGGCGGGCAACAUAGCCAGCGUAACGUCCUGAGUUCGCUACCGUGUUGGAGAAUAGGGGAUUUCAACAGAUAAAUCAGUAGUACCAAAUAAGCAGAGCACUGUGAUGAACACUGGUAACUUUCGGGUAAUAAUGCGAAUGUUUUGGUUGACGAAAUUGAGGGUUUGUAUCUGUUCAAUUGAAAUUCAAAGUUGUUAGCAGUGAUCUGACCGGAGACAUUUUAGACAAAUUACAACUGGGAGGCUUCGCUUUGAUUGGAAGUUCAGUGUUUACUUAUUAAAUCUCUUGUGUGAAGUGUAUGGGCAUAACAGUUCUGAUCUCCGGACAUUCGUACAUGUUAAAAUGCAUUGCUUACUCUUCUUGAUUGUGUUGUUCAGAUUUUUUGUUGCAGAAUAUAACUAUGUUGUAAAUGUACGAUGGCAGUCCAUUUCACGUGAUACUGGGUGCCCUGUAACUUCUGCAGUGUUUAAUAACGUAAUAAUAGUUUCGCUGUAAAUAUUAAUUUCUCUGUUCUUAUAAUUUCCUAAUUCGAAAAGUAUCCCAGGGUGUAUAUAUUAACCUCAGAAGAAUGAGUGUCUUCACGGUGAAAGUAAAUCCUGUAACUGGAAAAUCAGAGUGGGAGCUGCAGAAUGAAGAUUAUGACUACCAUCAAGAGAUAGCACGUUCGGCCUUUGCCGACAUGUUGCAUGAUACGGAAAGGAAUCAGAAGUACUACCUUGGAGUGAAAUUAGCCAUAGAAACAAUGCACAGUAUGGGGAGGAAGGCUCAUGUGUUUGACAUAGGAACUGGCACAGGACUGCUGUCACUGAUGGCAGCAAGGAGUGGAGCUGACACUAUUGUUGCUUGUGAGGCAUUCCAACCCAUGGCUAAAUGUGCUAAGAAAGUCAUUCAUGAAAAUGGUCUAGGAGAAGUAAUACAUAUUAUUCCAAAACGUUCAACUAAUAUGACUGUUGGUGCUGGUGGGGAUAUGGAACAUCGUGCGAAUAUUCUUGUGACUGAAGUCUUUGACACUGAGCUCAUUGGUGAAGGAGCCAUUGCAACUUUCAGCCAUGCACAUAAAGAGCUUUUAGAGAAAGACUGCAUUGUGGUUCCAUCGUCAUCAACUGUGUAUGCUCAAGUUGUUGGAAGUCGGUUAGCACAGAACUGGAACUGAUUACAACCUAUAUCUGAUGUAGAUGGAAGCACUGUGCUGCUGGAUACUCCAGUGAAGAUACAGCAAUGUCCAGGAGCAGCAGCUGUCCAUGACAUCCAGCUAAGCCAGUUUCCAAGGGACCAAUUCAGUACUGUUAUUCCACCAACACCAGUCUUCAGGUUUGACUGGUCGGGGAAGCUCCCUAUUAUGAAAGAGAGGUCAGAUGUAUUGAACUUGGUCUCCUCUGAUGAUGGUGUGGCACAGGUAGUAUUCAUGUGGUGGGACCUUGUGAUGGAUCCAGAUGGGGAAGUUAUUCUCAGCUGUGCUCCCAUAUGGGCCCGUCCUCUGACAGACAAUAAUGAUGUUCUGCCUUGGAGAGAUCACUGGAUGCAAGCAGUGUACUACCUGCCAAAGGAAGUACCUGUUCAGAAGGAAGAGAAAUUGGUGUUAAUGAGCCAACAUGAUGAAUAUUCGUUUUGGUUCCAUCUUUUCAGGAAAGAUCACUGGCUGGAAGAUGGAAAUUGUGAGCAUCCGAUAUGUGGCUGUGGAUUACAUGUUGCAUUUGGACGUACACGUAUUGGUGCCAUGAAUGAUGCGGACCGGAACUAUAAAUAUGUGUCUGUGCUACGUGAAUAUGUGACAUCAGACAGUAUAUGCCUCUGCCUGAGUGAUGGAUCAUUAUUAGGACCUCUUGCUGCACGUCUUGGUGCGAAGAAAGUAUAUUGCAUAGAUGGCAAGGCCUUGACACGACAUGUAAUUCAGGACUAUAUCAAACACAACAGCCUGCAAGACAGAAUGGUUGUUCUGAACAAUAUACAAGAGCUAGAAGCUGUAGUGGAACCACAUAAUAAGAUAACAUUAGUUUUUGGAGAACCUCACUUUGUUACUGCAGUGCUGCCAUGGCAGAACAUUUACUUCUGGUAUUUGAAAAAUGAAGUUUCCCAGCACAUAUCCAUGUCUGCAAAAACUUUACCUAUGGGUGUAACAGUGUGGGCAAUGGCUGUACAAUUCGAUGAUCUCUGGAAGAUUCGAGCACCACUUCAUUCUGUGGAGGGCUUCAAGAUGACAGAUUUUGAUAAGCUGAUUGAGAGUUCAAGUUCCAUCGCAGACAGCCCAGUUGAACCUCAACCCUUAUGGGAGUAUCCUUGUCAAGCCCUGAGUCAGCCUUUCCGUAUCUUGGAUUUCAUCUUCACAAAAUUGAUUGAAGAUCCUGUAAAGACUGAGGGGAAAGUCAUCUGUGAAGGAUCUGGAACAUGCCAUGGUAUUGCACUGUGGGUGGAAUGGGAUUUGGAUGGUAAUCCAAAACACGCCAUUUCUACAGGACCAAAAGAAACUGUGCAGAUAAACAGGAAAGUUGUAUGGGACAUGCACACUCGACAAGGUGUGUACUUCUUCCAAAAACACAGAUUGGUAGAUACAGCGUGUACUUUCUCCUUCAGAGUACUUUUCAGACCACAGAAUGGUGAUAUUCAAUUCCAUUUUGAUAUUAAUCCUUUAUCUCCUGAAGAUUGUAAUUAAAUCUUGUGACACUGCAGUACCUUUAAACAUUUUGAUGCAUAUUAUUGUCUCACCACUUUCCUAAAAUAAUGCAGUUUUACAGGAUGUCCAGAUGAAAGGUGUCCAAAAUAAAACAAUUAUAUCUCAGAAUACUUUUGUUAUACACAUUUGUGGGUUACACCACUAUAAAGGGAAACUAUCAAAGUUUUUCUGAGUAUAUAACUUUCUCAACAAAUUUCAGCGUGGGUUUCCUUGGUGCCUGGACAAAUAUCCAGACAAUCCAGCAUGUUUGGUGUUACCAUAGCCACAGUGUCCCUUAUGCAGGCUUUCAGGUGUUGC